AUGAGCAGAACACCUGGACCAGCUGGAACAGAAAGUGAGAACGCCAGACUCCGAGAAGAGGUGAAGCUUCUGCGUGAGGAGCUACGGCACCUGACAUUGAGGGUAGACAGACAAGGAGAUCAGUUGAACGAGCUGAGUGAAUCCGUUGUCGGGACAUCAGUCCAAUCCUUCGAAGUUGUGAGUUCGGCAGGGGUUUCUGCAGUGCCUGGUGGAAGUCAAGCAGCUGGACACGCGACUGGUUGUGAGGCCGCCGAUCCGGUUGGUCCCUAUCCUUGGCCUUUGCGUGAAGCUGUGGCGAGAGACAUUGGUGCAUUUUUGAAACGCUGCUUGGACGGUGAGCACAGAGGAGAAUCCGGACGAGAUCGCAUCAAGGGUCUACAGAGCAGGGUCUACAUUGUGGUCAGAGAUUUUGAUCGCAAAGUUUACAAUCCACCUUUGCUGCUGAAGACUUUUGGUGAAGUCAAGGGGUAUUGCAAGAGAGACGGGAGCUGCGGUGAUUCGAUUUUCAUCGGAGCCUUAUCCGACCGGGGUGCUCACAGCGAUUCAGAAGGGCCGGAACCAGUGGCUUUAGGGCCACGCGAUUUUGUUGUGGCGCAAGAAGACGGCACGGCUGAUUUCCUUUACCGUGUCGGAAGACUUCCUUUACCUGAGCUUGGGCUGCUGACUGCAGUGGUUGCAGUUGCUGACAUAGACGGAAAGCUGCUUGUUGCCCUGCCGGAAGGCGUCUGGAACAGAUCAGUUGCGAAGCGGCUCCUACCUCAGAGGGCCAUUUCAAAACCACUUUUGUGCUCUGUAGCCGCCUGUCAGGCUGACAAGCGGGAAGUUUUGGGUUUUGACGCUGUGGACAUUAAGGUAUGGUUUGGUUUGCUGCACCCUGCGAUGGAGGGAGAUGUGGACUAUGUGGGAGAGGACGAGAUCCACUACCACUUCAGCCCGGAGGGCGAAGAGCCUCUCUUUCCUUACGGACCAGCACUGGUCGAGGUUGCUCAAGCUCACUAUUCCUUCAGCACUGCGGACGAGGGGAUUCCCAAAGACGUUCCAGAAUGCCCUCCAAAUUUCACUGGGGUGUCAGAGGAGCGUUUUCAGAAACUGGAGCUGGCACUGGAGGGGAUGCAGAGAGGGCUUCAGCAGUUGUUGGGGGCCCGUGUGGGAGCCUCUCCAAAGACUUUGGCUCGCCCGUUGCCACCUCCACCUGUCAACAAGGCUCCCAAGAGCAACGCAGUGGGAUCCCAGGAGGUUGCAGGCCUAGAACCAGAAGUUGUUCAGUCAGCUUUGGCGGCGGGAAUUCCUUUGGCUCAUUUGGAAGAGAUGGGAUCCAUUUUGAAAGGCAAACCUCAACGGAUAGAAGAGCUGCCCCGGAAGAGGCCUGUUCAGAAAACAAAGCAAGGUCCUUUGAGCGAAAGCGAAGAAGAGGAAGAUGUGGAGGCAGAAGAGGAAGGCCUUCCUUCCGGCGGAUCUGGAGAGCAAGAAGGUGCUGGCCCGCAGCGCAGCAUGGAACGAGCAAUAGUGAAACUUACUGCAAUUGCUGCGAAGCUGGCGGGUCCCAAAGAAAAGCACAAGAUCGACAGUUUGCUGGACGGCGGCAGUGGUGGAGUCGCUGGAAGCGAGAGCAGUUCGAUUGGAGCUGGGAGGAAGAAUGCCGCAGCCAUGCGAGCACUGCAAAAAUGCCUGUUGGAAGAUCCCAAGUACAUCUUUCAGAUCAUGGAGGCCAAUUUGCAGAGCGACUUUCUUGCCCGGCCGAUUCAACCGGGAGAACCACUUGCUUCAGGCACCACUGUGAGGGGCUGGCUGACUGCCCGCUCCAGAAUCCAACUCUACCACAAUCAUGUCCGUUGGGCUUGGCAGGUCGGUGGGAUCUGGGACUGUCUCAUAGCUGGAAGACACGAGGAGGCGAGAGCGAGAUGUGCCCUACUGAUUGGAGCGGCAGAUCAAGCUUCAAUCGAUGGAGGCAACUGGGUAGUGUCGAAUGUGGCCCUGCUGGAAGCUCCACCUCCUUAUCAAAGCUUUGCGACGCAUCAGUCUCCGAGCCCGCUCGAGCUGCAGCACAGUGUCCUCUACGACCAUCGCUGGGCGGAGACCUUUCUGGGGCAUCUCAAGGAGGUGGACUCAUUUGUGGACGCCAAGAAGAAACUCGGCUCCGGGAAGGGUGCCCAGAAAGAUCAAGCAGAGACCGGGACCGGUCAGCCCAAACCCAAGCCGAAGGCGAAGUCAAGGGAGAAGGGAGACAAAGGUCGAAAGGGCCAAGAGAGUUCCUCGCAAGAAGCGGGGGGAAGCAAUCAUGCCUAG